AUGAAAGGGAGUUCGCCCAUUUUCGAACAGGACUUGAUCCACGAGGACAGCUGUCUCAGCGACUCAACCAUUCUGGCCACCGAGAUUAGCGGUGUAAAAGCCGAGUACGAUUGCUUUGGCGGUGCCAGGGCGUACUGUUGCGAGCCUCCCAAUGACGAUGAUCCCUUUGUACCAAACCAGAACAAGAAGUUCCAUUGCUCUUCGAGAAUUACACAGAGAACCGACGUGCCCGCCACGAUUUCGCGCCCAAAACUGAGCGACACGUUCACCUACAUGAAACAAUCUCUUGAGCUCGAGGCCUCCCACCCCCGGUCUUUGUAA